AUGUGCCACGAUUCCCCACCAGCCAUUCCAAGCAUCUCCUUCAGGGACUCCCUCCAUGUUCAGGGUCUGAGACACAGAGUGAGUUUCUCCAGCCAGAUGGUGACUUUGUGGAAAGGGGGCUGGCUCCCCCAGAUCCCUCUCCUCGCCCAGCGGUGGCUGGGGUCUGGCCUCCCUCAGAGACAUUACGGUUCCCACCUCGACUCAGAUGCCAACCCAAAGUGCCUUAGCCCAGAGCCCCGGGCUGCUGCCACCCUGUCAGGACCUCUGCCCACCUCAGACCAACUGACCCACGUGGACAGGGAAGGACAGGUGGCUAUGGUGGACGUGGGUGGGAAGCCAGACACAGAGCGGGUGGCCGUGGCCUCAGCCGUGGUCCUCCUGGGGCCUGGGGCCUACAAGCUCGUCCAGGAGAACCAGCUAAAGAAGGGAGACGCCCUGGUGGUGGCCCAGCUGGCAGGCGUCCAGGCGGCCAAGCUGACCAGCCAGCUGAUCCCCCUGUGCCACCACGUGGCCCUGAGCCACGUCCAGGUGCAGCUGGAGCUGGACAGCACGCGCCACGCCGUGGUGGUCCGGGCAUCUUGCCGGGCUCGGGGCCCCACUGGGGUGGAGAUGGAGGCCCUGACCUCCGCUGCCGUGGCCGCCCUCGCCCUGUAUGACAUGUGCAAGGCUGUCAGCAGGGACAUCGUGUUGGCGGAGAUCAAGCUCGUCAGCAAGACCGGGGGUCAGCGGGGGGACUUCCAUCGGACGUAGAGCUCCUGCCCCCUCUCACCCCUGGCCCAGCGAGGUCAAGAGAUGGGAUGCGAUUUCAGCCGA